ACAAGUUCCGGUACACAUGCACAGGGAAAGUGAUCAGGAUAUGUUUUCUCAGAAAACAUUCACCAUUGGUGGACCAUAUGAGAAAAUACCGCUGCCGCAUUGUGAUAUCUUCAAAAGAUACCUUGCUCUAUGAAACAACCACAAAGUCAAAAUAUAAUGCCCUCCAUUGAACGACUGAGCAAAUAGCUGCCUCUGGAGCACCAUUGGUUGGCUGCGCCAGGCUCACAAUAGCAAUCAAUACGCGGCUUUCACGCCAAUAAGGCAUACCUCCACUGCCUGUCGUGGGAGUUGUCAAAGGGCAACAGGACAAACUUCCAAGAACGCAGACUGGUAUUGGACUGUUGAAAGAUCUCUCAAGAAUUCAUGGAGAAUUUUCCAGGUGGUGCUGUAAAUUCAUGGAAAUCUUGGCUGGAAUGGUGACUGCAGGCAAUUCUAGCAGUACAGCAACACAGAAUCUCUCUGGGGGUAUGGUCUAGUGCACAUUACGCCAAAUGAAUAAAAAACAACAAGAUAGUACUGUGAUGUCACAAUCCUAAAUUUAUCAGCCAGCCAUGGAGAAGUACUCUGGAGCAAAGAAUUACACUUUUCAACAUUAUUCUGGAUAAUGAGUCAUAACAGCAAGAGAAUAACUUGAAAUAAGUGAACAAAAAGAAAAAAAAUCUUGGAUCAGAUCUGGUGGAUUUUCAGCAAAUGACCAGCAGAGUAUAUCAGAAUGAAUGCAGAAAAAUAGUGUAAGCUUUCAGACACCUGCUAUUCAAUGACUUUAUGAACAUUGCUACUGUAACAUCCCAACCUUCGUGUUAAUAACUACAGGAAACUCUGUUAAUAUUCAAUCUGUCAUCAACCAAGCAUGAAUAAAAACUGCAGUGACUUUUAGCUGACGUUGGCUAGGAUUUUUCCUAAAAAGGCAGCAGGGAUUCACAGUGUAUUAAGCUGCAUGUUUGAUACUGGAUAUGGCAUUCACCUAAGAAUCUUAUUUUACUACAGAAAGUCACACUUCUUUUAGAAUGGGCCAACUUUUUACUUGAGAAAGGCUGAACGUCAUUUGCUGACUUGAGCUUUGACAAAUUGAAGUCAUUCGCAGAGGUAUGACUUCAUGAAGAGGCAUCGAUGUCUGUUACCAGGAAUUCCACUGUGUUGAUAAAUGUUAAGUAUUCACUUUGCUGACAAGUGGCAACAAUUUCUGCUGCAAUCUGAAAAACUAAGUGAAAAAUUAAUUCGGUGAUCAUUUAGCUUGUGAAGUUAUUAUUCAGUGGAUAUGCCUCAAUGAAUAUGUACUGUGCUGUGCACAUGGAUUCAGCCCAUUCACUCUAUAACAUAUUGGAGUAGACUGCUUUACGGAACUUUUGGCAGAUCUGCAAAGCCUGAAAUUGCUCCAUGCUGGACAUUUGAUUGAGAUUAUACACAACAUUGAAUUACAUUAUUAAGCAAACUCUAUUACUGAUUGCUUUUGAGGAUUGCCAAGAAUCUCAGACUGGACACAGAAUCUUUUAUUGACAUCAGAGAGAUAACCCCUUCGAGCAUGGAGCUGACCACAUUGGAUCACUUUACCCUUCCCUUGACAUCUCCUAAUAGGACACUGAAUGUGACGUUCCACAGUGAUCUUGAUGGUCCCCAUGGUGACCAUUGGGAUUUACCCAUUAAGGUCAUCUUUGCAACAUUUUUGUCAAUAUUUAUGUUAUGUGCCAUUGUAGGUAAUUUAAUGGUUUUAUCUGUGAUAGGCCGCCAUAAAGGUAUGCGAACAAGGACUAACAUGUUUCUGGGAAGUUUGGCCACAGCAGAUUUGUGUGUUGCCAUAUUGGAUAUGCCAUUCUCAUUGGCCACUAUAAUACGUGGGACAUGGAUAUUUGAGGAUGAAUUUUGUGUUUUUAAUGGAUUCACAAUGGCUUUUUUCCUGGUGACUUCAAUUCAUAACCUAAUGUAUAUCAGCGUCCACAAAUAUGUAACAAUUACACGACCAUUUAGUCGAGUGUUAACAUACCGUAAAAUCCUGCUCAUGAUUGGUGGCGCCUGGUUUUGGGGGUUCCUCACCGCCAUGUUAACAGUAACAGGACUGAAUCACGUGGUUUAUAAAAAUGCCACGACCCAAUGUGGCCCAGAUUUUCCACACACGACCCAACAGUAUGCACACACAAUAUUCACGACAAGCACGUGCUGGCUCGUGCCGUUUGUCGUGAUGAUAUUUUGCUACCGCAGGAUGUUUGUGGAAAUCAAAGGCUACACACUGCGACUUCAAGCACAUACUAACCAAGAGAGAGAUUCGGUUCUGGCUCAGCAGAAACGUAUAACUGUGACACUGUUCAUUGUCUUGGUGGUGUUCUUCAUAUGCUGGUUUCCUUACAUCGUCUACUCCACGUAUGCUUCCAUUAUUGAGGACAAGACCAGUCUCCCGCACUGGGCCAACCCUCUGGCUUAUCUCUUCGGCUACAUGAAUAGUGCAUGUAAUCCAAUUAUCUAUGCUCUGCGUAGUCCUUCUUUCCGCGAGGGUUUCAAAGAAAUCAUAUGCCGUGGACAGGGAUAUGUAACAGAGGAAAUGUUAGAUUAUGACGUUGACCUAAAAAUGGGCAGAGAAGAUGACGCAAGGAGCAGUCUCUAUCCUGUUAGAGACAGUCAGCCAGCUAGUGGGGAAAAUGAAAAAGGGUUUGUCUUGCAUAACAGAGUGCCAUCUGGUAAUAGGAUCUGCAGCCCUCUGGCAGAUUGUUGCCUUGGAUGCUGCUCAGAUGCGGAUGUUGAGUCCUUUGCAGAUUCAUUGAGGACAGAAGAAUCCAGCGCAAACACCAGUGCUUUACGUCGCCUAAGUCUAAUGGUUGCUACGUCAAUGAGGGAACGUUUUGGCAUUGCUGCCAAUGACCAACCACAAAAGAAACGUGUCAGCUCUUCAUCUUCCCUCGGUGGUCUAGGCACACGGGCUGCCCCCAUUUAUCAAAAGCGAGGGUCAGCCAUUUAUAAAAACAACAAGGUAAUAAAAGUCCUAGUUGAUGCAGGCAGUGGACGGUCAAGUCCAGUGUUUGAUCAAAAUUACUGCCAAAAACAAAAAAUCCAAUCCACCCAAAGAGACAUUAGUGCUGCUAUAGAAAACAACAGAAAUAACCUAACUGUUGCUAAUGGCAACAGCUGUCAUAGCAACCAGGGUUCUGAUACAGAAUUGGACUAUCAGUCUGGUCCCAGGGACAGGAUAGUGAGAUUUUUCGUCACUCCUGAUGAUAAUGUCACUGACUUUGACACUGAAAUUCCGUUUGUUAGUGAAAACGGUGACAAAUAUAAGGCUGACUCCUGUCACAGUAUUGACAGCAUUGAGCUCCAAGUGACAGAUGAAAAAGGAAAGGUGCACGAUAUGGGCUUAGCUUUCACAGACUUUUCUGAUGUUCAAAUGUCAGAACCAAAAGAUACAGGACCAGGGCAGAGGGUGACACAGAAGUCUUCAAGUGGGAAGCAACAACAACUAACUCUAACUUCACCAUCAAACGGUGAGUCUUCAUCUGAUAGAAAGUUCCCUGUAAUAGCAGCACAUGGUGGUACCAGUAGCACUAGCAGUAAAGGCCGCCGACCCAAAGGGCACCAUUCACAUCGACCUAGAUCAAAUACCUAUGAUGCUCUACAGUCUUCACCACGUUCUGACACAAUACAGCAGCUGGUACCACGUGUGCGCCAAAUUGCCAAAAGUGAAACAAUGUUGGCGGAAACAAGCCAAGAAAAGCAGUCCUACCAUUCAGCCGCAUUGGAGAGGCGAAAGCGCUAUCCAAAAUGGCGUCUCCCUUCUGUGGAACAUUUAGAUUAUCGCUUGCCCAAAAAACAUGCUCACAGUGACACUAGACUUCAUCAGAAAGGGUUAUACGUAAAACAGAAAUUGGAAAAUGUAGAACCAAAAAAGGCCAUUCACAGUAGUCAUGAUUUUAUUGAAAUAUUUGUAUAAAAAGUUGAAGACAAAUGACCAUUUUACAUAAGACAUAAGUGAAUAAGAGCAUAAUAUUUGACUGCAUUGUUUAAUGUUUUCUAUAAAAAGGAAAGAUUUUUACAUAAAUAUGUGGAUGAAGUUGUCAAAACUGUGCAUUUAGUUUUUUUUACUAACUUUAACUUUACAGACAUUUGAUUUGUGUAAAAAAAAAAAACAUCUUAUUUAAUGAUCUGAAUAAAUCUUUUCAGUGGAGA